AUGGAGAUUGUGUGCAGAGCUGCAGCUGCGGCAGCACUACCCACCAAGAGCAGCCCCGAAGUCAUUUUUCAGCAGUAUACGCAAUGCAUGCGACCCUUCUCUCAGUUUCUGUUGUCUGACUGGGAGUUUCACCGACACAAGUGCACCUACUGGUGGUGCCCACUGGGUCUGCACUACUUCACAGCCACACUAACAACAGCCUGUCUAACAAUCAACCACAGUUCCCAACAACGAAAAUGGGCCGACUUCCAGCAUCUCACAGGGAGUCAACCGCCGGACAGCGCUUCAGAACGCAUGGUCGGAACCGAAAGACUCGUCGUCAGAAGAUUCGUCGACCUUGAGCUUGGAGCUUAUUUGCCCCCCAUCUACAUCCCUAAAGUAACGAGACAAGGACUGCCAAGUGGUCGGCCCACUUUGCUACGCAGGGACCCUCUAGCUGCUUCUUCCAUAGUUAGCUGCCUAACACGCAUCUCUGCGCCAGUGCCAGCUAGCAACGCAUGA